CGAAACUUCUCCGUGUUGGGGACGCGCUGCUCGGCCUCCCGUGCUGUCCGUUUCCUUACGCUGCUCCGCGUCGGGAUGUUUCCCGCGUAACUUUCUCUCUGUUUUCACCCGCUCGUGAAGCUGAACUGCACGGAGAAGAGCCCGGAAGCGCUUCGCUUUGUAUGAGCGAUGUGGGGACCCAGCCUGGUCGGGCACCGAGCGGAGACGUGGUUCCCUGCGGAAGAUGAAAGCAGAACGGAGGCGGCCUGCUCCGCGCGGCUGUGGGCAGAGUGCUUCUGUGUAACCGGCAGGGCAUGUACGAUAGCUGAGCCCUGGGCCAUUCUCGGCACCCUCCAUGCUCUGGGCUGAGCUGGGAUAGUCGGUUUGCUCACAGUUCUGCCCAAGGAGUGGUUCCAGCGCUGGAGCAGCGCGGUGCUGCCAAACGAAAUUGGCCUCAUCCUCGGGUCGUUGUGCUGCUGCCCACAGACAUCUGAGCGGUGGCACUGAGAGAAGCCAGCCCCUGCUGGCGCCUGCUGGGCUGGGUUUGCUGAGCUCAGACAGUGGAGCUGUUUGUCUGCGAAGCCUGGGAGACACCAUGAGCAUUGCGUGAAGUCAGGGAGGUGGCACAUGUGUCCACGUGCUGCUUGGCGGAAGGCUGAUGGCCAUCAGUGCCGGCUGCUGUCCAGGAGCUCCAUCCAUGCUCACGAAGGAGAGGUGGAUGUGGAACAUCUCUGAGGAAACAGCUGACCUGACGCCUCUUUCACAAAGGAAUAUCUUUGGCACGUACCUUUAGUUGGGAGAGUAAAGAGGAGCCUCCCUUAGGAAACACCGCAGUCGGGUAACCGUGGGCUCUAUUCCAAGGUGGGACGUAAGCGCUUGGAUCUCAUCACACCAAGGAGACACUGAAUUGUAGGCAACAAUGAAUCAAACAGACAAAAGUCAUCAGGAAGUCCCGUCCUACCUCCAUGAUGAACCACCAGAAGGUUCAAUCAAAGACCACCCACAGCAGCAGCCCGGCAUGCUCUCUCGUGUGACUGGUGGCAUCUUCAGUGUGACAAAGGGAGCUGUGGGUGCCACGAUCGGGGGUGUUGCUUGGAUUGGAGGGAAGAGCUUGGAAAUUACCAAAACAGCAGUCACAUCAGUGCCUUCAAUGGGAGUGGGGCUGGUCAAAGGAGGUGUUUCUGCUGUGGCUGGAGGUGUUACAGCAGUAGGAUCUGCUGUUGCAAGCAAAGUGCCUUUAACAGGAAAGAAAAAGGACAAGUCUGACUAAAGCCAAAACAGAGACAUACUUGAUUUUCUAGAAUAUUACCUUGGUGGCAUUAAAAUCUUCUAAGAUUUGGACCAUGAGAAGCCACGUGUCUUAGACACUGUCUUCUGAAGAGAAAGCUGAUUUCAUCCAGAAAGGACAGAAGAAGCUUGGCUAGCACAGCAUAUGAAGAUUUGUUACGGCCUAGUUUCAAGCUUUGUACCUGGUGGAAUGUUACACUUGAUAAUUAUAGGAGCGAGUGUGUGUGUCUGAAGGGGUAAUGCAUACUGAAUAAGUCUUCUGCAGUUUUGGACUGAAAUGUGAACUUAGAAACUUAAGUUGAUAAUCUGCCGUGCCAUCAGUUUGAUGAGGUGCCACUUACUGUCCUCAGUGGCUUCCGCACCCUCCUGCUAAGGAUCCUUGAGCUGUGUAAUGGCACCAUGGGAUGUGCCUCAAUAGUUACAGUUAGGAAACAGUACUUGCAGACAGCCUGACAGUUUUCAAUGACUGCACUCUGCCAUUGCAGACUGGAAGCAAACAGAUUGGAAAUGAGAGGGAGAUGGGAGGUGAGAAUGUUUGACAGCAUGGUGCAAGGGAUAAUGACACUUAACUUAAUGCCUUACUAGAAAAGAAUCUCACUUUAUUAGGUGAAGCUUUGUAAAGAGCUCUCCUGUUGUUUCUGUGCAGUUCAUUGAACAAGCUUCAGAGACUGUGGCUCAGAUACCUGAAACUUGCUCAGUUUUUACUGAAUACAAAACUGCUAAAUCUCAGGUGUAUUUAAUGAUAGGCAUCUGUCUCCUGCAAGUGGAAACUUGCUUUGAUCAGCUUCUGAGAGACACCAGAAAAUAAUGAUGGCUUAAUGGAAGUGAGCAAGUGGUUAUGGUCAUCUAACACAGCUAUGUAACUUGAAAAAUUGCUCUGUGUAGCUGGAAGCCACUGAAGAACCAGCACAACUGUUGUCUCAACUCCAUGAUGUGCCAGGUUAGCUUCUUGCUCUGUUCAAACGCAAUAAUUUUUUCACUACAUCUUUAUCUCAUACUUAGCAUUUUGAGUAAAAUGCAGUACUUUUAUUUAAACCAAAAAAAUGGUAUCUGAGCUCCCUUUAAAAAAAAAAAAAAAAAAAAACCAAACCAUCUGAGUAAGCUGUUUACUGACAAAUGCCAAACUUUGACACUCCUCCUAUGGGAACAUCUGUAGGUCCUCUGCAGUGUAUGAGGCAAAUUGCACUCCAAGGACACAGCUUGAGGUUGCCUUAAAGUAGAAGCUGCUGGUGAUCUUUUUUUGUAUGUGUGCUGACUUUGCAAAUAAGAAGGCUGUGAACGUUGUAUAUGCAGUAUUUUCUAAAAAGUUGUGUUCCUUCCAAAAACUUCUAAGAUUAUAAGCUUACUUUUCAGGUAGCUGUGGUUGUUCAAGGGUAUAUAGAAACUUUUUAGAAAUUAAAGAAAAACAAAAAGUAUAUUACGUGUCUAAAACUUGCUCCUGUAUUCAUGGAUGUUCAAUGUAAACUGUGCACAUGAUGGUAGAGUGGUAACCCUGUCUUUCUGAGCCAUUGGUACUUCAGCUGCAGUCUGGAACAGCUUUACAGGCGAUCAGUAAUGAUUAUGUAUUGCUAGGUUCUCUGACUGGGGCAGUGGGGAGAGCAAAACCCUGCAGGUGGACCUCUGCUCCUUUUCUUAGUUGCACCAGUUGCUUAUCUCUGAACUGCUGGAAGUGUGUCAUGAGGUAAGGUCAAGCAAUAAAUGCAGUCCUUAACUAUUUUUAUAGUCAGAAGGUGACGGAAUGCCGCGUAGUUUGCAGAUCCCAGAUAGCUGCAGGAAUGAGCACCUCAGACACCAGCAGCAGUGGAGCUGCUGCAAAUUAUUGAGCCUGGUGUAGUUUCCAGUGUACCCCAGGGCACUACCAGUGAGCACUGCACACCAGCUGUUUGGGAGCAUAGCAAGAUUUGUAACACUCAACCCAACCCUUCACUGUUUUCUGAACACUCAAACAUUGAACUUGUCUUACCCCUUUUCUUUUUAUGGCAUUCUUUAAUUUUUAUGCUAUGAAACUUGCUGCAGAACAAGCGUGUUAGGAGAGAUGCAAUGUUAGAACUGUAAAAGGUUGCCAGCGCUUUGGUAUGUUUUGUUCUUCGCAUGUCCUGUAGUUGUUACUGCUGAAUCUUGUAACUGAGAUGCUUUACCAUGGCGUAUGGUUUUAAUCUUUGAGAAAAGCUUUUUCGUGUAUUCUGCGUAUUUUUCAUUCACUUAAGAAGGUCCCUUCUUUAAGAACUUGUUCUCACUGUCCUGACUCUUGUGAAACAUUAAAUUGUUGCUGUUUCAGACAUAC